CGCAGCUAUUGGGUUGGCCACUCUUUGGGAAUCAGCCUGCUUCUGGGAAAUGCUUCUGGCCGCUUCCCGAGCAAGCUGGGCAGAUGGAAGUGUGAGGAAGUGAGGGGUUGCGGCGGCUAGUCUGAGGCCAAGCCAAAGAGAGAGCCGUAGCUUCCAGAGCAGAGACGGAUGUAACGGAUCCUGCAGAGCCUGGGAAGGCAAAUCCUUUGCUUGUGCUGUGGAAUUUGAAGUGACGGAGAUGCUGUGGAUACGGGUCCUUGCCUUUCCCCUGCUGUUCUGGUCUGGGUCAUAUGAAGACAGCGUUGGGUUCAGUGAAGAAGGAGCAGACUGCACACACCAGCAAUAUGCCAGCAUGGGGGCCUCAGAAGUGUUCCUCCAUUGUCCCAUGCCCAAAGGCAUAUCCACAGUGGAAUGGAGAGUGAACGGUUCCUCGGGGGCCAUUUUGAAGGAGGCAAGAGAAGAUGGCAGCCUGGCCUUGUGGAAUACCAGUCUGGCCCAGGAAGGGGAAUACAGCUGCCACGAUCCCACCACGGGACAGGUGUUGCGAAGAGUUCAUCUGCAGCUGGGCUACCCGCCUGGGGAGCCUACGGUGCAGUGCCGGUCUGCCAGUUACCCUAGUGCCAUCAACUGCAGCUGGAAACUGGAAACCGAGACACACCUGGAGACCUCUUUCUUCUCCACGUACAGGUACGGCAUGGAAGGAGUGGCACAGGAGUGCGUCCAACCCACCGCAGGAGCUGCCAGCUGCUCCAUUGCUGACGUCCAGAUGUUCUCCAUUAUUCCCUACAUGCUGAACGUGACAGCAGUGAACGCUCUGGGGAUGGCGACCCACAUCUUUCCCUUCUUCCUCAACGAAAUCAUCAAGCCUGACCCUCCAGAAGACGUGGAGGUCUCCCCGAUCCCAGGAGAAAGGAGGAAGCUGCUUUUGAAGUGGAAGCCACCCAGUUCCUGGCUGCUCCCUGAGUACUUCCCUCUCAAGUAUAAGAUCCUUUACAUGAAGAAUGGAACUAGCAACAAUGGAAAGCCCAAACUGUCUGAGCAAACCUCCCUCGUCUUGUCUGGAAUCUAUCCCGGAACCACAUACCACGUCCAAGUGGCAGCAAAAGAUUUCCUCGAUCAUGGCGAGUACAGUCCUUGGAGUGUGCCAGCGACUGGGGCAGCUUGGAAGCCAGAGUAAUGGACUCCGAGAGCAUCUUAGGUCCCUACAGCAAGGAGGCUUUUUGACCUGCUCCACUCUGCCACAUUGACACUCAAGGUUAUUUGCCCUCUUUGAUUCUCUCUGUAUGGAAUUCAUCCAGAAACUGACCAUCUGAUUCCUGUGUCAAUGUGGGAAAUUAAGAAUUCUCUUUUUCUUCUGUGUUUUAAAAUCAGUAAUUAUUAACAUUAAGAAUAUUUUAUAUACCACAUUUCAACAAACAAGUUUACAAAGAACAAGGUAGUUUUUAAAGGAAUAAGAAUUUUUUUUUAAACUCCCCAAAUAAACAAGUUUAUUUUUUACUUGUUAAAAAAAAGAAAGAGAGAAAUGAAGCUCAUACAACAGUAUAAACACCACGAAAAAUAAAAUAUGCAUUUCCUCAUUGGCAUAAAACAAACCUAAAGAAUAUAACAGCACCCGUUCAUUAAAAAAAUUGGGUUCCAUUUGGUUCAGGCUCAUCUGCAUUUUUUAACUCUCAGGCUAAUCUGCAUUUUUAAACACUCAAUCAACUUUAAAAAGUGAUUCAGUAGCACUUUUGCUUAUACAACUUUGUGAAAUAAAUCCAACUGUUUUAACUGAAGAGAGAGCCAUUUAAACCAUUUUAAACUUUAUUUUUAGAAUGAAAACAACACACACACACAAGAUAAACAGCAGAAAAAAAAUGUUAACCAUAGCAAAAGGAAAGUGCUUGAUUCUUGAACUGCUUAUUCUGUACUGUUUAUUCUGAAUAUAUCUAUGUGGUCGCUAA